AUGAACGAUGGGAACUCGAGGUCUGUUCCUCCACGCAUCGAGACAUCUAAUGAAGCAAACGCUACGGAACUCCCGGGCCGACCUCGUGGCAAAAUAAGUCGGUUUCUGGGGAAAGUCAUGAAUGGUGAAAUACAAAAGAUUUCUCGCUCGAACUUGAAGGAUUCACGCACCCGUGACCCUGUUCUCCCGAACGUCGAUCGUGAAGGUGUCUCAUCAAUUUCAAAUAUUGAGGUUCAGGAUGCUCCCCCUGGUGCAAAACAAAGCGCCGAUACCCAAUCGGCACUUCGAGACGUCAACGAGACUGCCAAAGGCAUGAAUCUACUUUCAGGACCUGUGACAUCUGGACUUUCCGCCGCACAAAAUGCAUCAGCAGAUCUCGAGGAUGCAUGUAAAUUCGAGGACGCAUAUCUUCGGCCUCUCAAGAUAUUUGACAGCGUUAUCGGAUCAUCGAUGUUGCCGUGCUGA